AUGGAUAAAGCCCUUUAUGACUUGGGUGCAAGUGUCAGUCUUAUGCCUCUCUCCAUCUGUCAAAAACUGAAUGUUAAAGAAUUAAAGCCAACUACUAUCUCUUUGCAACUAACAGACAGAUUUGUUAAAUAUCCAACUAGCAUUUUGGAGAAUGUUCCAAUAAAGGUAGGAAAAUUCUUCAUACUUAUUGACUUUGUUAUCUUAGAUAUGGAAGAAGAUAUUCAGAUUCUCAUAAUUCUGGGAAGGCCCUUCUUAGCCACUACCAAAGCCAUUUUAGAUGUUAAAAAUGGGCAGUUGACUUCCAAAGUGGGAGAAGAAGUAGAAUUCAACUUGUGCCAAGCUAUGAAGCAAAAGCCAGACAUGGAUAGAAGCUUAAGGGUAAAUAUUAUUGAUGAGCUAGUAGAAGAGGAAUUCAAAAAGAGACAUCAAAAAGACCUUCUAGAAGCCUGUAUUAUGCAUAGCAAUACCAUUGAAAAUGAAAAUAAGGAAAUUACAACUUGUGCAUAA